AUGGCGGACGUUCAUGUGGAAAGCUUUGCACAUUUUAGAAAUAAUGUUCUCUCUGGAGCGCCUUCUCCUCUUCCUCGUCCGUAUUUGCCGUCUUUGCCACCUGCAAAAACCAUCAAACCUUCUUAUUCAAGGUAAAAACUCGUCUGUCGUGCAGUUUUGCGGGAAAUUUUGCCAUUUCGGAAUCAGCUACGAAUUUCGCGCGGAACUUUGUUGACAUACUUCAGCACACUUGCAUGACUGAUGCGGUUUGAUUUAUUUGUAGAUUUCUUAUCGAGGCCCCAUAUUCAGCCCUUGCUGGCGUAGUUGCAGAUGCACGAGAACCUCCAAAGGUAAAUUUUCGCUAAUUUUUUUGAACAGAUCUUUAAUUUUAAAAGGUGGAAGUUUAAUUGGUUAAUAAACUAUCAUGGGAAUUCACGUAAACAGUAGAUGCAUCUUAUUGUCAAUGUGUUAAGGAAGGUCAACGUUUAACUGAUGAAACAUUUCGUUCGAGCCCUGAAUGCUUCCAUUGGUCUAUAGUGUAUUUUAUUUGCAGAAAACUGCUCAGUUUCAUUUUCAAAGGCAUUUUCUUACUAGGAAAACUUUGUUCAAUUUCUUGACAGCUGUAAUCAUAUUUAGGGCCUGUUUACAUGGAGGUGGGGGACCCCAGGUAGGUGAGGUAACCCGCUUAGGUGGGGUAACCUGCCUGUCCGUAUAAUCUCUCUUUUUAAUUUGAUCACGUUUACAUGAUAGGUGGGGUGACCGGCCACAUGUUACCUCACCUAUCUGGGGUCCCCUUCCUCCACGUAAACAGGCCCUAAGAAGUGCUGAAAGCCUUGCUUCUGGAUGACCAAGACAUCAGCAUUUCUGAUGAGAAAAAUAAUAUGUAACUGCCUUGGUUUGUAACAUUCUUCUUGUUGACUUGGCAACAUUUUGAACUUUAAUAGUUCUUAUUGUCCCAAUAGGCUUCCCCUGGGUCUCUGUGAAUGUAACACUGUGGAUCAUUUUUUAUAAUGCACUGUACAUUUCAGAUGUAAAGAUGUGUGCCUUUAAUAGAAUAACAACAGAUCUGUUAAAGGCAAACAAGUCAUCUUUAAGUCAUCACAUACAGUAUCUCUGUACCUUGUCUUUGUUUUAUCACAUUAAAAUAAAAAAAUUAUUUUUUUUAUCUGAGUACAAUGUUCACAUUGCAAAUUUUGCAUAACCCUCGAGAAAAUAGUUAUUAUUUCAUUUGUAGACCCCCUACCCCUUGGAAAUUUCAGUCUUUUAGCCUUCCUUUCCAUUUGGAUAUUUCCGUUAACCAUCCACCAGAGGUGUAUGGAUAUUUUUGAGAACAACACAUUAGUCACUCAACAAUACCUAAAGAUGACAGGCUUGCCAAGACACAGCCAAGGCUUAGACUAGAGUGGUAGAUUGCUUUGUCAAACUGCAAGUACAUGUUUCUUUUAGGUUAACGAAUGUGUAGUUCAAAAUAAAAUGUGCUGGACUGUUAAACACAUAUUAUGUAUGCAUCCUUGAAACCUGUACAUGUAUAGAGCAGUUGUAACAGCAUUUUCAUGAAUAACUCAGUAGUGCCUAAAAGUAGGGGGGGGGGAGGGUCUGAAACCCCUUGAACCAGCUCCCCUGGAUAUGCCCCUGCUAUUGGAUCAAGUUUUGAGGGUCAAGCUGAUUCUGUCAACUACAUGAUUUUGUAAUAAUAAUAAGCAGUAGUAAAUGUACUUGCAUAAACUACAUUGUCAUUCAAGUGUACAAUCUACUGUCUCCUAUCACAUGGACAGUUUGGACAAACACUUAUAUAAUUAGGAGUCAAUGUCAGAUGUAGUUACAGUACAUGUGUAGUCUCACACGUACCUAAUUUUCUUAUUUCAGCCACCUUCUUUACCACGCAGUAGACACAGAAUUCAAGUUGGUUACACUAACCGAUGGAGGCUCCCAAACUUGCUUGGUAGUGACUUACUGGGAUCAUCUCAAGCCUUAAAAUCUGUUACCAGCUCGUACAAUGACUCAAUAAUGGCUGUAAUGACCGGUAUGCAUGCAUCUUGUACAUGUUUUAAAAAAUUAUUAUAAUAAUUAUUGUUGCAAAAGAAGUGAAACAGUCAACUCAAAGCUCUUGGCCUUUUGUGAUCCCUGUUGAAAGUGGCCAGCUAUUCAAUAGUUAUGAUCAGCAUCGUGAAACCCUGUUUGAAUUGUGACUAAAGCUUUGAAAGAAAAGCUUUUGUUAAGCAACCUUUGUUGUAAGUGACUGUUGUCUCUUUAGUGAAUUACAGACUGCUCAGAUUUCACUUUUGUUGGAAGUUCUCAUUAGGUGACCACUUGGUCAACAUUUCAAUAAAAGCUGUAAUUCCUGGUAAAAUUAGGCUAAUUAUAUAACAAUUAACAAGUGCUUCGAAAGAGGAAAUACAACUGUAAUAAAAGAAACUACAAAUGUUAAUAUUUUUCCACCAGAAUGUAUUGGUACAUGUAUAUGUAAUUUAAAUUAGCAAUGUUCAUGAAAAGCUUUUAGCUGAAAGCUCUUGUGAAUGCCCUCAAUACACAGUGUACAAUGUAAUUUAUAUACUGGUAAUAACUUUAUCAAUGGUUGCUUGCAUGUAGGAGAGUCUAUUCUUGUAAACAACCACAAUUUGUGACUGCUUUUAGAUUUAACCAGAGCUAAAAGCAAAGUUCCUGUUUCUGCAUGUAUAACUUACUUCAAUCAGAAAAUGAACCUGGAACGAUUGCAAAGAAAUUCACAGAUCUAUACUUGCCUUUAGGGGAGGACCAUAUGACUUUUGAGGACUCACUGAAGAACAUAAACUUGAGCCUGUGAUCAAUUGAAAGUUAAUAACUGGUCAGCGGGAAAGCUAUAAAAAAAAUGUUACCUCGAUGAGUUGGACCCUGAGUUUAUGAUAAUAUUAUGGUCAUGUGAUUCUGGUCAGAAGAUACCCUGUUUUGACAGCUGACAAUUGACCAUAACAUGGGUGUCAAUUACAGGUUACAGGCCCCUGUAGCUAGAAAAUGGGACAUUUUACAUUGCUUUCCCUGUAGUGCAGAGAGACAGACAGGCAGACAGAUGUAUGGUCACAUGACUGACAAAAUUUCUCCUGAAGAUGCAUAGAUAGCUAAUUUUUCUUACCUGUGGCACUCCACUGCGCACACUUCAUGCAUGGACGAUAGCUCUGCUAUGAAUUCCCAGGGGAGUAAUUGAUAGGAGAUUUGACUGAUUUUUACAACUAUAAUAACAUUGUCCCAGAAGUGACUGAUUGUUAUUUGUCCAGAUUGAUAAUGAGGAACUAGUCUUGCCUUUAUUAUUUUUAUUUAGCUUUAGGCAUUCCUAGGCUAAAAGAAACAAAUCUUCACUUAUUAUAACUAAAAAUUAUUAUGUAAUUUUUUCACUAUACACAGCUGACUGUCCAAUGGCAACCUGCAAUUAUGCUGACACUACCGGUGAAAAAUCAUACAAAGGUCCAUUACGUUCCUUGAUUUCUCCCAGAUUCUUGAAGUCUCAACCGGUUCCUGGGAACUCCACUCGCAUCAAGGCUGAGCUUGAUCGAAGACUUAUUCAGUCUCAACCGGCAUCACAAACAGAUUCUUUCAGGUUUGUAUUAAAUUACAUGUAAUUUGUUGUUGUAUUUUUGUAUUUUCUUUAAUUGAUUACAGGGGAACAGAAAGUAAAUUUCAGUGAAAAAGAUAAGGUACAUAUAUAUCCACAUGUACGUGUAUGUACGGGUCAAUAUUAAAUUCGGGUUAAAUUUUUUUAACCUAGGUUGGUUCUCAAUUUCCUUUGUCUCCUAGCCCAAAUUAAUGGAAUUAAUAAAAUUCAUUUUUGACAAGUAACAUGUGCAUUAAGGUGACAGGAACUCUGUAACUAAUAGUGGCAGAGAUACAAGAGGACAAUUAAUCUACUGCACAUGCCUUCUUUCUGUAGGAUCGCUGGGCGCUCUGGACUCUCUUCAUCUCAACUUCAACAAAUUGACUACCAGAGGAAUGUAAUCCCCCCAGCCAUGAGAUCACCAACUCCUAUGGAAAUGUUUCUCUAUCGGUCACAAACUGCUGGUGCUCAUAAAAUUCCAGGUAAACAUACAUGUGUUAAUUAUACAUUUUACAGUUGUACAUGUAAUGUAUGUACGUUAGUAAAAAUAAUUGUCAUUAAUUUUAUUACUUGCUGGCUCUUCAAGCAGGCAAGAACCCUGUACUCUGAUUGGCUUUCUGGGCUGGCCACAUUUUUUGCCUUAACCACAGUGAAUCAACACUUUGACAGGGGAUAAAACAGAACUAUUUUGUCCCAAUAUUAUUGAUAUCAACCCCUCCUUUACCCACCAGUAGACCAUUGAAGUUUGUCCUCACCACCAGGGUUUUCACAGAUGCCCUACUCUUCGCAAUUUCUGUGCAGUUUCUGUAGACUGGUUUUCCCUGCUGGGUAAAUUUUUGGAAAUUCAGGAGUCCAGGUUCAGUUGGAAAUAUUAACGUCUUGUCUUUGUAAACUGUUUUACAUGUUCCUACGUAAAACACACUAUAAUGUCUAUUAGUACUUAGUGUAUUGAAAGUUGCCAGUUUGCUGAGUUGUCUUUGGAAAAUGCCAAGCCUUAGUGGUUUUUGUCAGUUUGUGUUUUAAUGGUACAUGUACAUUAUAUUUGUUAAUUUACAUUGAGCUCAAGAAACAUUUUCCUUUUAUGCUGCUUUUUAUAAUUUUCUUUUUCACCUAGCUGUCUGUCGGGGUAUUAAGCGGCCAUUUUGAUUACCACUACAGUAACUUUUAUUUAUUAACUAUAUAUGUGCUUGUUAUGAGAACUAUACAACCAGGGAAUGGCUGUAGUUACAUAAUUUGCAAUUUUUUAUCUUGGUUGAUUUUUAUUUUUCCAUUGUUUUUGGGUAUGGUAAUGAAUGCUAAGGAAUUUGAAAACAAGGAAAUAUAAAAGUUAACUGAAAUAAAACAUUAACUGCAACAUACACAGUGACUGUUGCUAAGAGGCAGCUGCUGGUAAAUUUUAAUAAUCGGUUGAAAGAAAGCUUACCACUGCCAGCAGGCUUCAAAUUGGAAAACACCGACAGGGGGUAAUUUUGUAGACCAAGACAAGACAAGACAAGAACUAUAUUUUAAUACCACACACAGAAAAAAAGAUGUUAAAAAAAGACAAUUUCUUAUGUAAGGUACAUAAAAAGCCACCUAGAAAAUAGCUGAAAAGCUUAUCUAGCAAGGAGGCAUUGUAGAUUAAUUCAGAGUAUUAAAGGGCAGUGAUUUUGUUACAUCUGCGUCCUGUGUCCCUGACACAUAAAAAGUGCCAAAGAUGCAAAAUAAUUCAUGGCAUGCGUCUCAUGGAAUGCAAAGAUGGAUUGAUCAAGCUGAAAAUGUUUUUGUAGAACGUCCUGUUAGUGUGAUUUCUGUGGCUGUCCUUUUGGCUGUUGUUUAACGAGGUAUAUUUCUUUUAGUCUUUGUCGUGCUUUACGACAGAAGGAUUUUUUUUUUUAUUUCAGUAAACUGUAAUAGAGUUUUGGAGUCUGUCUUCAGAUUAAUUAUCUGCAUGGUUACAUAGACGCAAAAAAAAAAAUUCAGUUUCGGACUCGUUGUUUUUUGAACUGGGACUCAAUAGUUCUGGACUAGGACUGAUUUUUUGCAAGAUGAGUCCCAGGACUCACCAUGACUAUUUGAACAUAAUCACUGAAAGAGGUUGUUUGAUGGAGGCACAAGUAUUAAACAAUGUAAAAAACAAGCAAACAAACAAAGAAAAGAAAAGAAAAAAAUAACGUGCACAGACUUGAAUCACUGAAAAUUGAGGAAUUGUAAAAAAUAUUGGAAAAGGAAGAACUUUGUAUGAACUGAAAAUAGCCUUUUUUAAGGACUGUUUAAACUUGACAGUCACACAUAAGACACUUAAAAGAUUCUUCAAUAUUAUUUCAAAAAAACAGCUCCCUCGAAGCAAAUAUUAGAUUUGCCACAGAUGAAUUAAAAGGCAUCUUCAACAUGUACAGUUAAUGUCUUGAAUAGUAGUUGGAUACAUUUGACUGUACAUUUGAUUGCACAUGUUGUACUUGUCACAAUCAUAUUCAUUUGCCACAUUGACAAUAAUUUCAGUUCCUACAAAUAAAUUUUUGUUUUGAAUUAAUUUGUGUUUUCUUUUCUUUUUUUUUCAAAGAUGUGGUAGUCCAUGCACUGGAUACUACUUGGGAACUUCAUAAGCCUUAUCUACAGAAGUCUUCAUUGCUGAGUUCUUUACUUAGAAAAGCUGAGAUGACAGGCAUGAGAAAUAUAGAAGAGGAAGAUGAGGAAGACAUGCAUAAAGCUAGUGAAACAGGUGUUCUAAGCUUUGUGAUACUAAACGUACACUGUAGCUUGCUGGAAUACUUUAUGGAAUACUUUAUUAUUAAUCAAUUUUGUUGAAGCAAUUUUUGACUGUUUUUAAAAAUGUUAAUUUUUGUUGAUGAUCUGCUGUAUUUGACAUUAUUUAAAAUUUUCAAUCACUGUCAUAGUACAUGCACAGUGAUGAUCAAUGCUAAUGUUUGACAUAUAUAUUAGGAAAAAAAUGUUGAAUUUAACGUCAAUGUUAAACAUGUAACUAAAUUUAAAUUGAUGAUGAUGAUGAUGAUAAUUUUUUUAUUGAAAUGUUGAUGAUAAAUGAGCGUUAAUUUAAGUCGGGUUAAUGAUGACUUAAUGAUUUUAUGGACAUUAAUUUAAUCUAUGACCAGAUAUUGAAGUAAAAAUGCAGUACAUUACAUGUAUAUACUAGCUGAUCACAGAUUACAUAAAAAUAGGUAUAAUUAUUUCCGGUAAGUGAAGUAGUCAGGUUUGCUUGUAGUUACACCAAGUAUAUUGUGGGCUCCUGGUGGUUCUUCUUCAUACAAGUCAGCGGGUAGAUAAUUUUUGGUGAGAGCCGUAUGACCUUAAAGUCAGUGUUGUUUUUUGACAAUGGAUACCAUGCCAAAGAAAACCCUAAUUCAGAAGGCAUUUUGUGUUUGCUAAUAACCCGAUUGCUAGAAAGUUCUCGGCAUAUCUUUUUUACAGUUCGCUUAAAACCAAUUUAGAUGCCUAAACCAAAAACAAUUUCCGUUCGUUUGUUGCCAGUUCUGGUACGAAAACAUAGAACCCCAUCCCAAUUUAGAUGUCAUGUCAGACUUGUCCAGUCAUGUCAGACUUGUCCAUAGGAAGAAGGAGAUCCAGCAGCGAGUGGUACAAGAACCAGUUAACGUUUAGAUUGAGAAUCAAGGAUCCACUGAUCACAAAACAAAGUGAGUGGUAUGCUAAUUAGACUAUGAGUGGUAUCUCGUGCUUCUAAAGGGUAGCAGAGUGAAUGGAUUAAGGGAGUGUGGGUGAAAAUCACCACCUGUGAGGAAGGUGUCACGCAGAGGAAAAGGAAGGUUUCUUAAAUGCAAAACAGUUUUGGAAGAACUGGGUUAGGAGGCCAUUCAUAAUAAUAGUACUGAACAUUCUUAUUUUAUUCAGAAUACAGUAUAGUUGUAGUGUGUGUAAACAGGGCUAAAGUUUUCAUUGCUUUGCAUUUAUGCGAUGUGCAUAGAUCAAUUUUGAUUUCAGGCUGUAAGUCUUUUGAAACUGUAAUUUGUAUAGGAUUGACGUGUACAAUGUAGGAGAGCUGCAACAUUAUUUUAGAGUAUUUUCUAAUAAAGUUAAAAAACUUCCUAGAGUUGCGCUUGUGACCGUUGAUUUCUCGCAUAUGUUUAUGUAUUGUCAGUUUUCUCAUUCGAGUUGUUUUGUUUUCCUUUUCAGCCUUUGCGCUUGCUCUUGCUGCACUAUAUGAAAAUGAAAGCGAGAUGAACGUUAGUGAAGCUGAUGUUGUCGGUGUUUUGGCUGCUGCAAGUUUCUUAGGAUUUACAUCUUUGGAAAAAUUGUAAGAAUUUAAACCUAAUUACCAGAAGCAUACAUGAACCUAUGCUUUUUAUUCACUCACAAUUUGUUGUUUUCGUUAUUUUUAACAUUUUGCUGUAAUUGUCCAGUAAGUUCUAAAGCUACAUGUACAUUACGUAGCACUACAUGCUAUUAGAGCGAAUGAAGUUUAAGAGGACAUCGCCCAUCAGUCCUUGACGCUAUGAUUAGUUACGUUUAUAUUACAGAGCAGUUGGCCGGCAGAGCUCUGGAAGACUAACAAAUCUAUUAGCAAUGCGAAACAAUCAUAGUCUGACCUAACUUUUCUGCUCCUUGUGGUUAAAAUCUCUUAGGUGAAGUUUCAAAUUCUGGUUGUGUUAGCUGUAGUUUUACUGAAUUUUCAAGCUCAUUUAUACCGAGGUUAGGGGUUUAAAGCAUUAUUUUGCUCCUGAUGGAAGAUACACUGAAUUAAAAUUACUGCUUUUUACAACGUAUCUAAAAGAGAUUUAAAAUAAUUGUUUGCAGGUGUUCUGAUGUUAUGCUAAAAUCCAUUGCUGCUUGGUCAGUCUGUGCCUUUCAUGCUUCAGGUUCUAAGGUACGUACAUGUAAUUUGAACGGCUUCAAAUCAGAGAGAAACUGAACUGCUACUUGGUCUUUAACGUCAUUAUUACUUUAUUCAAAUUUACUAUGAACUAAAACAAACAUUUCCCUGCUAGCACAGAGGCACCCAACGUCAAUUUUCGGAAAAUAUCUGUUCGGAAGACGAUUUGAGAUCUAGAAUUUUCGGAACAUUUGUUGUAAAAUUUCUUGCUUGCAUGCCUCUCCUAGGAUUUUCGAACAUCUAAAAAAUGGUUUAAUUGCCCAUUUUAACGGAUUUUUACCCUAAAAAGGUCACCUAGAAUUUUCGGGAGCCUUUUUUCUGGCUGAAAUUUUCGAAAAGGUAAGCUUUGAUCCCUAUAAUUUUCGGAUCACUAGACUUUCAGCUAGGAAAUCCGAAAAGAUGAAAAAUUUUUAGGGGAUAAAAAUGUGCCUAUAUCUACCCUUUAAAUACUAAAAUACGUUCAAUAAUGUUAUGUUUAAGUGGUUUUGAACUAUAUUCUCGUUGGGUGCCCCUGCUAGCAGAGAUCUCUCACUGCGAGAGUAAAAUGAAAGGAAGGAGAUAAAUUCAUCUCAUCACAUCGCGAGAAAUUCCUAUGUACACGCCAGUGCUGUCAGCUGAUUUUUCGCGCGCGCAAACCAGUUCUGUGAGGUAUGUCACACGUGACCAAAACGUCACUGACUGUUAAGGAAACGCUAGCGCAUGCGUGAUAGGAAACUUGGCGGGGACUGGCAGAGGUCUCCUUUCUUCCUCUUAUCGUUAAAAAAAACCAUAUUUUAUUGGUUUACGGUUUUUGCAGAACUCCAGGAAUCAAGGACUACACAUGUAGGUUCUAAAAGUUGUUGGAAAAUUUAAAACAUAAUUAAAUACCCUGCUGGUCUUCCUCCCAAAGAUCUAUUAAUUUUUAAAGAUUAUUGAUGUUACUCACAGACCUUAUGAUACGUUAUUCUGCGACUUUUUUGUUUAAAAGGUUUUUAUCGCAACUUACUUGCCUGUUGUGCUGUUUUGGAUACGAUUUGUUUGAUGUGAUCAUCAUUGUAAUAAAAAAUAAUUAGUAUUUAUCGGCUAUGGAUACUUACUUAAAAACCGCCGCCUCCACUUGGAAAAGACCAGUUUUCCCUCAUUUGGAGGAUUUAAUUUUGCAAACUGUCCAUGCAGCUCCUAUCUACGCAAUGUUUGAGCCUAAUCGUGGAGGUUGUAUUUUCCAUUUUCCCAUACAUGUUUCCAUUAUAAAUAGGGUGUCCUGGUGAUUUCCUAAAUGCUGCAUCGAUUUAAUUUAAUUUUUUAAUUUUUACCAGCUUUUUCUGGACACAGGCCUGUCCAGAGGGAGGUGCCAUCCCUACCCAAUCCCACAACCUGUCAAGAUUGGCCACACCACCGGGGCUUAGUCUUUCGAAUAAUACAAAUCAGUGAAAGUGCUGUGAGACGGGACCUACGGUUUUUCGUCCUUAUCCGAGAAGACUAGGAAGUCUAACCAUUUCCAGAUGUCAUUACAAAGGCAGCACUUUCUUCUUAGUUAUUUAAGGACCCUGAGUGUUGGUCCGGCCGGGGUUUGAAUCCGCGACCUCCCGCUGGGCAGACCGGCGCUCUCUCCACUGAGCUAACCAGGCGGCGGAUUUUACGGCACCGUCCCCCCGAAGUAAAUGCUUUUUUCAUGUUUCUCGAAAAAGAACAUUCCGUGAGGAAUUUGGGGUCUUUUGCAGGUACCGGAAAGCUUUGUAUUUUUGGUCACUUGGGAUUAGUCUUUAUUUGGAGUUGUUUUGUUUCCUGUCUUUUAUUACUAUUGUAUUACGUAAUCUGUGCUCCGGUACUCACAGAAGGAACCGGAAUUUGUGAUCUUUUGAUGCCAUCAGAAUGUAUUCCGAGUGAUAAUUAUAUGUUAAAGGUAUACGGCAUAGUGACAGUAACGUUUUGUUUCCUUUUCAAUCUAGUACAAGCAAAGCUCGGUUGUGGAAGCAUGUGAGAGAUGGUUGGAACUCAAUUUAAUACCACAGGUAAAGUAUGAUACCCUUUCACUCAGUAUACGUGUGAAAUUCUGUAUUUGAUUUAUUAUAGGUAAUUAGUUUGGUCAAGCGCCAGCUCGGACAACAUGGAUUUUCCCUCUCCAGUGUCUUUGGUCUAGCGCUGCCGUUCUGAGUUUUCCGAUAGUGUCGAACUCGGUGUCUUCAUGCAAAGUGUGUAUGUACGUGGUGUUAGGUUUUCCUCUCUUAGUUUUUCCGUGUUGUGGCUGCCACAGCACAAGCUGCGAUGCCUCCUCCUCUUUGUGUCUAACACAAUGCCUAGCUACCCUCAUUCUUCUUUCCCUGAUCUUGCUAGAUACGUUUGGAAGGCGACCGUACAGAUCUUCAUUUGUAAUAUGGUCCCUCCGAGAAACGUUUAGUGCUGUGCCAAGCGUUCUAGUAUAGGCACCAUCAAUUUGCUUUUCUGGACUUUUGGUUAGAGUCCAUGUUUCCCUGCCGUAAAGGAAAAUACUUUUAGCUACUGUUGCCGGGAAUACUACUCAGUACUACUUUGAAAGUAAAAAUUAUAAUUUACUGUACAUUACAUUGCAUACUCUACACAAUGAUUUAUUGUACGUUACAUUUGGCGUUAACUUUCAGCUUUCAGUUCAAAUAUUUUUGAGUCACUUGCCACAAGAUCUACUGGAGAAGUGUUUAAAAUCUACCAAGUAAGUUGACUUUGUAAAUUUAUACAGCAGUGAGCAUGUUUCUCAUAUAUCUUGCGAUUUUAAAGGAAAAGGCUUUCUGUCGCAUACUUCAGGAAUAGAGAGUUUUUUUAGGCUACGUGAACAAGAGAUUCAGUUAAGCAAAUUGGGGGUGGGGGACUGGAAUUGUGCUGUUGGGGCAAACUACCUGGAAAAUUUUGUGAUUUACCUGGGCCCAUUUGUUCGAAGGCCGAUGAGCACUAACCCAGGGUUAAAUUUUAAUCCAGGUUUCUUUUUCUUUUGUUUAAAAGCAUUUUCUAAGAACUUUUUUUGCUAUAUCUUUAUAGAGCAUCCAAUCACCAAACUGCAGACCAAAGGAAUUUACUGAAUUUGCUUUCAAAGCUUUUGUAUCAGAAUUCAAAUUUCGCACUAACCCUGGGUUAUCUUAACUCGCUUUGAACAACUCAGCCCUGUAACGUAAUGCGUAAUUCUAUUUAUAUGAAAAAAUCACCUAUACAGCUGUGUCCAAAGAAAGCAGGAUAAGAAAAAGAGUCUCUCUCUGCGUUGCCACUGGUUUGUCAAGCACAGUUCUUAUCCCAGUUGUUCAUAACAAGAUUAAGAUAACUCAGGAUUGGUGCAAAGUUUGACUUCAAAUCUAAACGCUUACGAAGCAAAUUUCCGUUGAUUCUUUCUGCCUACAAUUUUAUGUUUUGAUGCUCUAAAAUGACGAGUCACGAUGACCAAAAGGAACGGUGGGUAUCGUUAAUACGAUCUGUUGUCUCUUUAAGCUCCCUGUUUUCUCGAUUUAAAUCACAUUUUCCCAAAUCUCUCUUUUCAGUUUUUAACAUGUAACUAAACACCUUGUCCUCUUUUUGGAUAUAAUAGUUAUUUUCUUUCUUUAGGCUUUUUACUUGGUGUGAAUAUUCGUUAUACAAGUUGCUGGCGUACUGGAUCUUUCUUCAACAGCACCCUAAUUUGCAGGUAGGACUUACCAGCGUCGACCAGCUGUUCUACAGUCAACUCCCUAUCGGACGCUCGGGUAAACACAAAGUUUCCGUUUUGGAGAGGUGCCCGUCUUAAAGGGUCAAAGGGAGUCAACUAUAGAAGAGCUGGGACCAACUUUCGGUGUCCAUGUUGGGGAGAUGUCUGACUGUAUAAUCAUUAAUUUUUUCAGGUCCCUAAAAGGCGACACCCAUCUUAAACGGACACUUGAUGCUGGCCCAACGGUGUCCAUAUCUUUGACUGAGUUGUUUGGAAGUCUUAAAAUCGUAUACAUUGGCAUUUUACUGCUCUGUAACUGUGUUGUUCUGCUAUGUGUGACGUUACCAUUAGCCUCCGAAUACAUCCGUUCCUUCUUGCUCCUCAUCGAAACGUCCUCAACAGCGAGGGGCGAGAAGAGAUGGCAUUAUUCGCAGGCUACAUUUACGUACAACAUUCAGAUUUAAUAUGUUGCAUUCCAUUGGUUCCAGAAGUGAUUUGAUUGAAGCAGCAGUUUGAGGAACGUAUUGUUUGCAGCCAUAUUGUUUGUUGAGCUGAGAUCGACUUCAUUUCAACCCCAAGGCUUCUUUCUGCAUAACUGUGAACGUUGAUAUUGCACCGAUUGUUAGACUGUUGGACCGUUAGAUCAUUAGACUGUUAGAUCGUUAGUCUGUUAGACCGAUCGUCAGACUCUUUUAACGGUCAUAGCAGUCAUAUGAAAACCAGCCCUAACUGCUCCCAAAGAAACCAAAUGACGAGGGGAUAAAUUUCUUCCGUUGAAACCGUUCCAGUUUUGUACCACCUUAUACGAGAUACACAUACAAUUCGAACUUCUGUAUCUAACUCUUUGUCUCUGAUUUUGUGCAGUUGAUGCCUUCGUGGGGAACUGUGGUAACCUGGUUCAUGAGGUAAGAUUAUAUGAGGCCAGGUUUUGCCUACAGGGUACUUCAAAAUUGUGUGGGAUAGGAGGGCUCGGCGUGAUGGUGUCACGUAACAGUACAUAAAAGACCCAGGCGAUGACCGUGACCCUAAUAAAUAUUGUUAUUACUAGGGAGCUUAAGCAACAGAAUUUUUGAGCGAUAGACGUCAACCGGAAGUGGACUUGUUUCAUCAUUCGGGAGUGGUUUUCAUGGUUGAAACUCUCGGGUAAAUCGUCUUUAUAAGAGAAAAGAAACUUAGCCAGAUACAAAUUUGUUAGCGUCAAGGCAUAUGAGAAGGGAGAAGGCCUUACCUCCGGUUGACUUGCGUCGCUUAAAAACGUCUUUGCUUAAACUCCCUACUACAGGAGUUGUAGGCUAUAGGGAAUAAUGAAAGCACGAGGUAUUUUCAGUUACUAAUGAGACUUACAACCGUCCCUAUGCUGAGGCAUUCUUUUUUGUGGGGGGAGGGGGUGUGGGGGAAGGCGUGGGAGGUAGGUGUGGGAGGGGAAUACAAAGUGCUGUGAAGACCACGUAAAAGAAGAGGGAAUUUGACCUCAUUUUGAUUAAAACGUUGUAUUUUUCUGUGCUGAAAUCUGAAUAUUUUGCCUAUCGAAAUGGCAGCCUUUUAAUCUUUUACUUAACCCAUAAUUUGUGUUGUGCUUUCAAAUCUGCGUAGCACCAUCUUUCCUUUUGAAAUUUUAUUAACCCCUUCAUUGUUUUUUCUUUCCUAGUUUGCCAAAGGCUACUUCAUUCUUAGAAAGAGAAGAGGUAAGGAAAUUUCGGCACUUACCAAAAUGAUCGUAAAAUUGACUGAAACAUCCAAUUUACUGCUUUAAUCUCUAGAAAGACUCUUAAAGAAAUGUAGAAAAGCCACAAACAGAACAUGAUGUCAUGAACAAAGCUAUAUAAAAGUAAAACAGAUUGUCUGUAUGAAGAUCUGGGCUGGGUUCCUGGAAAGAUGGAUACGUCUAACCCAGGAUUAAGGCAAAUUUAACCGGCGAAGUUGUCCUGUCUAGGAACAGGUAACUGGAGAUGAGAAUUGAGCCUUGACUCAAUGUGCAGUUAUGAUGACAUAAUAUGAUAAUAAUAUUUAAUCAAUCUCCAGGAAAUUAAAUGAAAUCGAGGAUUAAAAUUAAUUUUUAAUCCUGGAUUUGCGCUGAUCGGUCUUUUAGGAACUGGACUGUGGCUUUUAAUUCUUGGGAGUUAUCUCAUGGCUUUUUUGAGGUUGCCUUUUAGACUGGGCCGGUGUCGUGUCGAAUAGUCCAUAUUCACGAUACUCGAAGUCUUUGCCUGUGUUUAAAGAUUGAUGGAAUAAAAGCUAUGUCACGUGGUAUUUGAUCGGGGCACAAACAAGUGUUAACAUUUGCCUAUACGAGUAAUCGCGGUCUAGUUUAUUUAUUCUCUCAAAACAUGACGACGAUUUAAUAGUCAUGCAAGAUGAACAGUUCGACUUUCGCCAAGUUUUACGUCAUUAUUGCUUGCUGUGAGGACAUCUAUGGUCGCUACUGCGUCCAAAAACGUAACAAUGGUCACUUCUACCCAUAACUUUCUGGACAUUAUCGUCUUUAAGACAAAAAGUUCUUCAUUUUCUGUUGCCUGGAAUAAACAAACCUGACCGCAAUUUCUUGAAUUGACAAAUUUCAGUGCCUGUUUGCCCCCUGAGAAAGCACGUGACAUCGCUUUUACCCAUCUGUCCUUAAGCGCGUGCAAAGAUGCUGGGUUUCGUGGAAAAGUUCAAUAGCCUACGUUCGAUUAUAAUAAGAUAAGAACUUUAUUUUAGCACGAUAAAAAGAUCAGCAUUGCUGGUGGGGUCGUGCAUACUAACAAUUACAAGAAAAAUAAGAAGUACGAUUAAAAACUAAAAACUGUUAAAAAUGUUUGAAAUAGGUCGUGAAAAUGUGCAAUUAAAAAUUAAAACUGUUAAAAGUAUUCGUAACCGAUAUCUCUAUUUUUGGUAGUAGCUAAGAUUGGUUCGAAAUGCAUUUUAUCGGUAUCAAAUUUUACGAGACAGCGUUUAAAUUCUUUCAAGGUUUUGGCCCCUGUUUCUUUGUUCGUUAAAGUGUUCCAUGCGAUUGCUCCUCUAAAGCGUAUGGAGUUCCUGAUAAAAUUUGUUUCUGGUCUUGGAAGAAUGAUGUUCUCAUUUCUUCUGCAGCCUGAAUUCCUCUGUAAAAACAAAUUUUUAAAUUCCGUGACGGUGUAACCUUUUAAACAUUUGAAGACAAACUCCGUUAGUCGCAGUUUGUACAUUGUUUCCAAACUAUCCCAUCCAGUUCGCAUUAAGACAUCUUCAGCGCUUGUGUCCCAUGGUAGCCCAUUUACAAUCCGUCCAGCCCUUGCAUGGAGUUUCUCCAAGUUUUUAGGUGUGUCUUGUUGCACGAUCCCCACACUGUCAGACCGUAUGUAACUGAUGGCAGUAUCACUUUUGUGUAGAAAUCUUCUAAUUGCUUCUGAGGGAGGAAUCGCAUGCGUCGGAGUAGACUUAACUUGGAUGCGAAGGACUUCGCUACAUUUGCAGCAUGAUCUGACCAGGACAACUUGUUAUCAACUUGUACUCCGAGGAGUCUUUCUGAGGUUGUCCACUUUAUGAUGUUGUUGCCAAGGCGAAGAGCUUGGAUAGGGCCAGUAAAUGUUGAUUUGCGCUGCAUGAUCAUUGCUUUGCAUUUCUCUGGGUGUGGUACCAUCGAAUUUCUGUCGCACCAUUCCUGGAGUUCAGCUAGAACAUUGUUUAAUGAGUUUGUUAGCAAAUCCAUCGUUUCUGCAAUACAGUAUAUUGUUGUGUCGUCUGCAUACAGGUAAGUUUCCGCAGAGCGUAGUGAUUUUGGGAGGUCGUUUGUGAAGAGGGAGAAUAACGUGGGUCCGAGGACCGACCCUUGAGGCACUCCGUGAGCUAUAAUGUGUGUAUCGGAGUCGGAUCCGUUGAUUCUGACGAAUUGUCUUCGUUCUGUAAGGUAGUUCUUUAACCACAGCCAGACAUCUCCUCUGAUUCCAAGGUCGUUCAGCUUUUGUAGCAAUAUAUUGUGCGACACUGUGUCGAAAGCUUUGGUGAAAUCCACAAACAGUAUUCCCACAAAAAGCUUUCUUUCUACUGCUUCUCUCCACCUCUCAGUUAGGUGUAUUAAUAACUGUUCUGUUGACUUUCCCUUUCUAUAAGCCCAUUGUCUGUUAUCGAGUAAAUUUUGCGUAACCACGUGAUUAGUGAUAUUACUUGCGAUGCAGGAUUCCAUUAAUUUACUUGGUAUACUGAGCAUAGACAGUGGUCUGUAACAUGUUCUGUCUUCCUCUCGUCCUUUUUUGAACGCUGCACUGACUCUGGCUAUUUUCCACUGGUCUGGUGGCUUGCAGGCAUCAACACUGUGUUUAAACACGCUCGUGAGAGAUGGGGCAAUAGACAUACCUGCAUACUUUAAAAGACGCGCAGAUACGCCAUCUGGCCCCGUGGCUUUCUUCACUUUUAACUUACAGAUCUUUUCCUCGAUUUCCUUCUGACUGAUCGUGAUGCUGGUCAUAUCAGCGUAUCCACAUUCGCACAGCUAUGAGCGUGUAAUGGCUGAAUUUCAUCCGCGGGGCCAAUCAAUUUUUCAGCAAUUGUACAGAAAUAAUCGUUUAACAUGGUUGCCUUUUCAGUGUCAUCUGUUGUAGAGGUUCCAUUGUCCUUCUUUAAUUGGUGGGCUUGUCUGUUUACUUUUCUUGUUCCUGAUGUCUUUUUCAGUAGUUUCCAGUAAGCAGCAGCGGAUUUUACUUCAUCGAAUAGAUUGGAGUAAUAAUCGGCUUUGGCUUUUUUCGUCAUUGUUGAGACUUUAUUUCUAAGUCUUUUAUAGUCAUCCCUUAGCAGUGGAUCAUUUGAUUGACGCGCCGUUUUCAGAGUCUUAUAUCUUUGAUUCAUGGUUAUUCUAAUUUCCUUUGUUAUCCAAGGCAGGCUGUUACUGCGUACUUUAAUUUGUUUAAGUGGCGCGUGUUCGUUGCACAAUUCUAUGAAGAGCAGGUUCCAUGCGUAAUAAACAUCAGUCGGAUCAUCAAAAACUUCGCAUACUUGAAAAGGCACACGGGCAAUGUCACUUUGAAAGUUCCUCUCGUUGAAUUUGUUGAAGUUCCUGAUGGUAAUUAUUUUAGGCUGGUCUCUCGGGAUACUGGCUGAUAAGGUUGCAUAAAUCAUGUCGUGAUCUGAGAUACCCAGGGGACAUGUGCCCUUUUGUUUGACCAGAUCUUUUCUGUUCGUGACAAUGAGGUCAAUCAACGUUUUAGAAUGGUUAGUAAUUCUUGUUGGUCCUUUUACCACGUUCUUCAUAUUAUACUGUUCGAGUAUCCCUUUCAUCUUGUUUCCUUCGUACGACGUGUCGCCGCGUUCGUCCUGUAAUAGAUUGGUAUUAAAGUCCCCAAGAAGUACUAUAUUUAAGAAUUUUGUCCAGAUAUUUUCCAUUAAUUUUGGAAACGCUGUGAAGAAUUCAUUGUUUUGGUUUGGUGGCCGGUAUAUAGUUCCUACCAGGAUGUCUCUUGAGUCAGCCUUUACUUGCAUACAUAUCCCUUCCACUUGUUCAUCUUCCAAGUCCGGUCGAUGGAUUGCUUUCAGCGACUUGCGAUAAUAUAUCACACAGCCCCCGCCUUGUCUGCCUGGUCUGUCUCUUCGGAUCAGAUUGUAAUCUUCAAUAUCUAUUUCUCCGUCAAUGAUUUCGCUGUUUAAGUGCGUUUCUGUUACUCCGAAUACGUCGAAACGGCAUAGCUUUAGAAGGAUUCGUAAUUCGUCCACCUUUUUCCGUAAGCCACGAACGUUUAAGUGUGCUAUUUUAAGAUGUUUUGCAUUGGUAGUAAGUUUGUGAACUAAAUCCUGUAGGUAUUCAUCGUUAUGGUCUUCGGUAUGAUUUCUGCAAUCGUUCAUAGACUUGUUGUCUAGGAAAGGCCCAUAAUCAGCUUCUACAGAGUUCAACUGUAACCCGCAACCCGCAGUCAAGCGAGUCAUCCAAAGUAACGUCACCAGAGAAAGGCAGAUUAAAUAGAAGGCAAACAUUGCAAAUCCAAUUCUGCGGUUGAAUACUUUUGAAUUGCUUCGGGCUUACUCCACCACACCUAAUGUGAAAGUGUUUAUUACACUCGUUGCAGUUGAGCGCCCGGUGAUUUCGAGAGAUUGUCUUUGAACAGUGAUGGCAUCUGUCGGGUCCAGGAUUCAAAUUGAUAUCUCCACUGAUAAACAGUCUUAUUUGGUGAAAGCUAGACGUCGAAUUGGAGUGGUAACUCAACCUUGUAGCAAAAUUGUACCAUGGCUGCGAGGCUGUCUGGUCAUUAUUCUAUAUUUGGUUUAGUUUUCUUGGUGCUCAAGUCUCUUCUGGGAAUUGCGAGACAAUGGAGUCGUGAAAAGUUUGCAGUUUUGACCUUUAAGCCUUGGAGCCUUGUUAGAAGUAUAGUAUAUUGAACGUGGUCUAUUGCACUCUAGCACUUGCGCAGUAAACUGGGUCAACAUUCGACCCCUUAAACAAUCCCAUAGUGCAAUUCGGCACAGCACCGACCCAGUCUCACCAGAAGUUAAAAAAAGGCCAAUCAUUAAAAGCAAUCAAAGCUGCCUUAAGUAAUAGAGGACCCUUCAACAUGGUUUUUUCAACUUUUCAGAUGGACCAGUUAGGGAGAAUCCAUCAACAUCACUGGAAAGAGCGCCUUCAAAUUAGUAAAAUUGCCAAAUUUGAAAGUGAUACGUCUCAAGCGAGCGAAGUUAUAGCUCAGCAAAGUUGCGAAAAUUUAUAGAGACGUUUGUAUGGGGGGCGGGGGCGGGGGGCAAGUUUGCUAGUGCCCCCCACCAUACAAACGUCUGUAAAAUUUCGCGACUUUGAGGAGUUACAUCUUCGUUAGUUUUCAACAAAACACUUUAAAAUUAAUAAACUUGGCAGUUUUGCUAGUUUCAAGGCGCUCUUUCCAGUGAUGUCGACGGAUUUUCCCAAACUUGUCCAUAUCAAAAGUUGAAAAAAACCAUGGAAGGUCUAUUCUGAAAUCAACUUCUAUAAGAACAGUUGUUUACAGUACCUAACCUCUGUAUUUUUUUAUUUUUGCUCUUGUCUUUUUAGGGUCAUGGUUAUGUGAAUUUAUUUAGGACUAUCAGACUAGGAGGAAUCACAGACAGUAGGUUGAAAAUAUGCCUUUGUUACCACAUCGUUCUUAUUGGCCAAACUACCUUCACUAUUUAUUUUGUCCAAUCUGAGUUUGUAUUUAAAAGGACUUGCCUGAUUACUUAUUUUUCGUGGUUGCAGUAAGAGAAGCAAGCUUUCUUGGGAGUCAUCUCUUAAAGCAAUGAUAACUCUUGAUUCUCGAGGAUUUCUACUUUUGAGAUCUCUGACAAUAUUUAAAUAAUCUCUCCUUUUUGGUUUGUUUUUGAAGAACCGUGUGUGUUAUCUAUUAUAAGAACUUUCCAGCAUUCCCGUCCAGCGAGCUCACACAAUGAAACAAGGUCGAAACUUAAGUGGAAAAUUUCAUUCAAAUCACUGUAUCUUGUCUUCCCAGCCAUCGACUCGGUAUCUUUGUUCACAGAAAUGUAGAAACGAUCCAUUUGAAGGGCGUAAGGUAGACUCACACUCCGUCAACUUCAUUUUUUAUCAGGCUCACAAUUAGAUGAACUACAGAAGAUGAACCUUGUUCCUCAGUCAUGGCUGCUUCGGGUCUAUGCUCAACAUUACCACGCGGUACGUGUCUUCAUUUUGGAUCUAACAAAGGAUUAGUAUUAUGGGUUGGAUUAAGACCCGGGGUGAAUAAGGCAGAAAAGGGAAAUUUUUUAUUUUUAUUUUCCAGACUUUUACUAUUUAUUACUAUUUCUGACUUAGAAAAAAAGGCAACUGAACCUAAUCAAAAGUUACCGGUACCGUGCCAACGACUUAUUUACGGCAGUCAAAGCAAAACUGACAAAGAUAGAAUGGCUGGCAACUUACAAUUUGACAAGCUAUGAGCGACCCUCCACUUUGGAGAAAAGAUGGAUCGAAACGCACCAAUCCCAUUUAAUAAGAGCCCUCAGAGCCAAUAACAUCACGGCUUAACUGACAGACGACCAAUAACAUCGCGACUUGUAAGUUAAAACUGACCAAUCAGGUCAAUAACCAGAGUUAAAUACAAUGUACCAUCAACUGACGUGAUACAACUCACUUUGUCUCUGAAGAUAACUACCGCACAGGUUGUCGAAACGUCAAUCACUGUCAACAAUAUUCCUAUUUAGGAAUACGCUCACCCGGGCAGUCAAACUCCACAAACUUAUGUUGUUUUAACGUUGUUCCUUUUUUUCCCUUUUUUCGUCACAGCUGCAAGGUGGAGGCGACAUGUCUUUAAUGACGAGAUUUGAGCAUGGAGCCAUACGCAAGGGUUUCAUUCUCGAGGAGGUAGUCCAUUUUUCUUUUAAAUGUUUCUUAUGUUGUGCUCCUGUGAAGCUCACACUAACACACUAACUAACACACCUGUCAUGGUUGAAAAUGACGAAUGACCGUGAUUUGUUAGAAAUUUGUUCAGUCAUUGGUUUUUCAGUCAGUUAGGUCCCCCUUCUAUUUUUUUAAAAAAUGAUUUCAAUGAUAAAACGAUGGAGUUUCAGAGAAUGUCAGUUAGCGUUGAGAGUGGAUAAUAGGGCCAUUUAUACGAGGAAAAAUAAGACGCGUCUUACAUAGGACGCGUCUUAAAUAAGACGCGAACUUUCCGUAUAUUAAAACGGCACAUUUCGUCUAAAAUAAGACGCGGCUUAGCUAAGACGAGUCUUAUUUUAGAACAGCGCUUAACACCUGUUCUUAGAUAAGACGCGUCUUAGCUAAGACGAGAAAAACUUCGUAUAAAUGACCUUCGCGUCUUACAUAAGACGCCAACGCAUAGUACGCAUGCGUUAAUCUUUGGCGCGCCUUGUUGGAUUGCCGUUGCUACAGGCAACAUUCACAUGAAAACGAGUCAAGAACAGAACUGUUCUCGUCUUAGAUAAGACAUGCUCGUAUAAAUAGUCCAGUUCUUAAGACGCGUCUUAUUUUUCCUCGUAUAAAUGGCCCUAAUGUUAGCUGUCUGAAUGAUGAUCCAUUGCCCGUCCACCCUUCAGUCUUCAGAGGAGCUGAACACCUUGUUUUUCUUGUUUAUAUGCUGCCUAGAGUUAAGAUUAAGGAUAUUCUCUUGAAGAAGUAACCCCCUCACAUGUUGAGGUUUGCGGGUGUUUGCUAAGGUGAACCACGUAACGUUUGUAAGAAAACUUUAUCUGGUUUCACUGUAACGUUUUCUAUAGUGUUGCCCUUAAACAAGCGCCCGUGAAAAUUUUGCAAAUGAGUGUCAUAAUAUUUUUUGAUGCAUUGCCCACCGAUGGUUUUUCUUUGUCUUUUUUAUUGCAGCAUUUGAAGUACCACUCCGAAAUUAUGUCUCUACAUGGUUUUCAUUUUGAAGUCAAAGCGACCAAGGACGACACUGGUUCUAAAUACUCCUUUUAUCUUCAGGUCUGUUGUGGCUUUUUUCGGAAGGCUCUCAAACGCUUCCUACAUUUUCUUAUAAAACUUGGCAAACCGUUUACAUGAGAAACAAAAACUUUUGUUUGUUUUGUUUUACCAGCUUUUCUGGACACAGGCUGCCCAGAGGGAAUAGGCACGAACGGGACUCACAGGUCCCAUGCAAGGUGCCUUGGCUAGUUGGCUUGGCUAGAAGGGUGAUCCAUCCAGUCGAGUCACCCUUUUUUGAUGGUAGGGUCACCCUCCCAGCCGGACCAACUUUUCUCCUUGUAAACACUUCGGCACACUCAGCCGGGUCAACUCGGUCAAGGCAAGACAAUCAGAGCAUGCGCGAGCGCUAUCCUAGACAGUAAGAGCAUGCGCAAACAUUGUUGAUUUGGGCAAAGGGGUCAACUUUUUUCUCUUAUAAACGUUCGCGGCAGUUUUUCACCAGUUUAAUGGGGGCUACGAAAGUUCAGUUUUGGCUGAGCCCCACCUCAAAGUAAUCCGUUAUUAUAAAGAAGCGUAACCAUCUAACUUUAGCUGCUUUUUACCUCCUCUUUUUUUUCACCUUGACAGAGGUUGAAGCCCAAUGAUCCCGUGCUGUCGUUUAGAGCUUGUGAACGUCACACAUUUUCCAUGCGUCACGAUAGAGAGGUAAAGAUAUUUCUUCUUUGAGUUAAAGCAGUAAUUUGUUUAGAGGGUUAAUAGAAAGGUUGGUGACAUCAUCUCUCCCUAAUGUUGAAAAAUGUCGGACUCAUUGAAAACUGAAAACGUCUUUAUUUAAACCACUGCUCAAUCAUAACGUUACAACUGUAGAGCAUCAUGAACAGUACACAGGAAAGUAUUGCACACUCAAAAACGUCAUCCACAGACUUAAAGGCUAGGACACCAUCGCAGCACGGCGUAAUAAGAAUUACUUCACUACUACGUGGCUUUCGUUGUCUUUCAGUGAUAGAGCGAUUUUCGUAUGACCUUGAAAAGUAGUUUCGGUAAGUGUUUGUUAUUGUUUUAUAAGCCAAUGGAUGAAAAGAUCAAAACAUGGACUCUUCGUUUUCCCGCGAAAGAAAACCCCAAUAUGGGGAAGGUAUUGUUCGAUUGGCCAAUCGUGUUGCAGUAUAACGUGAAAGCGAAGUAUCGGUUGAUUUCUAGAAAGUUCUUCGGGCAUGAAGUUUUUCAGCCGAGCACCCGCUUAACCAACCAAAAGCCACGCGCGUUUGUUUUCGUUCGGCAAACCAAUCAAGUCGCUCUAUUUCCGUUCGUUUGUUGCUUCUAUUUUGUUCUCGUUUUCACUUCAAGGUCAUACGAAAAUCGCUUUACCUGAUAUGAUUAUAUAUAUUAACGCCCAAGUUGUAAAUGGAGAUGAGAAGGGGCGCAGGGUCUGCUAUCGCAACAUCGAGCACAACGCAAAUAACUGCGGAGGUAACGUAUUCGCUGACCUCGAAUACUGCUGGACAAUGGCCCGCCCGAGGGAUUCAACAACCACAUGAAUGCCACAAAUGCUACGUACGCUACACACGCUACAGACGCUAGAAAACGCUAAACGCUGGCCAUCAAGCUAAAAAUGCUUGAAAACGCUACUGACAAGACUACUAUUGGCCCCCUUCCUUAACAGUUUAAAAUUUCAUUUAACCGUACUUAUUCAACAGUAGAGACCCUUAGAUUCGGGGACGAGGAAGACUACGAGUACGAGAUUUAACAGCAGUUUCGGUUUUCUCGUAUUCUAAAAAAGAUGUACAUCCCGAAAAGCUUCAUUGUGCAAUUUUCUUUCGCCUAUAAACGUUAGCACGGUUAUUUGUAUUGAAGGAGGUGAAGCCCUUUCCUGAUCGCAAAAUGAUAAAACCUUCUAACCGUCGAUAAAUUGCUCCCGCCACUACCACAGUCCGCUAAAGCCCGUAGUAGAAUGACGAUGGCUAUCACGAUUUCCCGCCAAAAUGACGCGGUUUCUUGUGCGCGCACACCUAAGUAUUUAACAAAUCUCUUCCUCGUAGUCAUCAGAAUCUAAAGGUCUCUACUUUUACCAGGGUCUCUCUUCUUCUCUUCCUCUUAAGGAAAUGAAAGAGUAGAGCCCCUUGGAAAAUGUGAUGGAAAAUAGGAUAAUGGUGUAAGCCUCGUUUAUUUGCAGGUGCGUUACUGUAUCAGUGUUCAGUGGUCGGACUUUGGUGUUAAUAAAAUGUUCUCAUCAGGUGGGUAGCUUCAAAAGCUGUAAUAAGUAGCUGUCAUCUCUUCACAAGUCAGAAUCGCUGGACCAUUGUAUCAGCUUUCGAUCUGAGAAUUUUUUUUUCUUUCAGGAAUUCUUUGUCAGAGCUUUGGUUUUUCAGGGAAGACAAGACAAUCCGAGGUAAGAGUAAAAAAUUAUACUGUUGUGGUAAUAAUAAUCAUCAUCAUCAUCACCACCACCACCACCACUAUGCUCGUUUCGUUUGUGAAGUUAUGUUAAACGACCGAAACCUUUUCAGUGUUUCGUAAAAGUAUCUAGCACUUCGAGCUUCGUCAAUUGUUUGUUAGUUUUCUUUUUUAUCUCUUCGUGUUAAUGGAUACCGUAAAUCCUCUUUCAAGCCCAUUUCAUACGGAGGGCUUAUUUGAGAGGGGGGGGGGCUUAUUUAAUUUAGGGAAGACGAUGGUAUCAGUUCUCCAUAAAUAACUAGAACACAAAGUUGAAAAGCUCAAGUACGUGAAGGUUGGAGGUCAUGCAGCCGAGGAUCAGAAUCAAAUCCGGACUUCCAGUUAGUAAAUGAACCACCCUGGAUCAGCCCACAAGUCUACAGUCUAUAUUUUAUUAGUGAAGAAUAAUUAGGGAAGGGAAGAGGCGGCUUAAUAGAGAGGGGGCUUAUUAACUUUCUUCCCCUGAAUUGGGGGUGGGGGGCUUAUUAGAGGUAGGGGGCUUAUUUGAGAGGGAGGGGGGCUUAAUAGAGGAUUUACGGUAUGUGAUAAAACAUUCCUUCUUGUGUUUCGUAUGUUGCGUUAAACGGCCAGUCUCCGUGUUAGUCUCUUUAUCUUAUGAUUGAUACAAUAUUCUUAUCUUUCUUUUUUUUUUUCUCAGGUUGUUUGUGUUAAGAACGUGUGUAUGCCACUUUAUGUAACAGUAUCUUUAAUGUUCCCGCCAUCUUAAGAGAGAGCAUUAAUGCAACUGAACCUUUUUGAUGAGGAAACAACAUUCAGAUAAUAUCACAAAUGUCACUUACUGCAGAAAAA